AUGAUGAUACUCACCUUAUACCAAACGUUCCUCUUGAAACAACUUUCCAUCUCCAUUUUCAUUUUCUUCAUAACUCAUUUCAUCUUAACCUUUCUCACAAAAAAACCUCACAAAAAACUCCCACCAGGCCCAAAGGGUUAUCCAAUUGUAGGUGCACUUCCACUAAUGGGAGCCAUGCCUCAUCUCACACUCUUCAAAAUGUCACAAAAAUAUGGACCUAUAAUGUACCUUAAAAUGGGAUCAAACAACAUGGUUGUUGCCUCAUCUCCUUCAUCAGCCAAAGCCUUUCUCAAGACACUCGACCUAAAUUUCUCAAACCGUCCGCCCAACGCGGGCGCAACACACCUUGCUUACGAUUCACAAGACAUGGUUUUUGCAGACUACGGAUCCAGGUGGAAAUUACUUAGGAAACUAAGUAACUUACACAUGCUCGGCGGAAAAGCUCUCGAAGAUUGGUCGAAAAUUCGAGAGGAUGAAAUGGGACACAUGAUUCAUACAAUGUAUGAUUCUAGCAAAAGAAAUGAAUCAAUUGUUGUGCCAGAGAUGUUAACAUAUGCUAUGGCUAAUAUGAUAGGUCAAAUUAUAUUAAGCCGUCGCGUGUUCGAAACAAAAGGGGAUGAAUCAAAUGACUUUAAGGAUAUGGUUGUAGAACUCAUGACAACUGCUGGUUACUUCAAUAUUGGUGAUUUUAUACCAAUUCUUGCUUGGUUGGAUCUUCAAGGAAUUGAAAGAGGUAUGAAGAGGUUACACAGAAAAUUUGAUGCUUUGUUGACAAAGAUGAUUGAGGAGCAUGUUGAUUCUAGUCAUAAAAAUCCUCGAGUUAAGCCUGAUUUCUUAGAUACUCUCAUUGCUCAAAGUAAACAAGAUGAUGGAGGAGAGAAAUUAACAAUCACAAACAUCAAGGCAGUACUUUUGAAUCUAUUUACAGCAGGAACAGAUACAUCUUCAAGUAUCAUAGAAUGGGCCCUAUCAGAAAUUAUAAAGAAUCCAAACAUUAUGAAAAGAGCUCAUGAAGAAAUGGACAGAGUCAUAGGUAAACAGCGACGGUUACAAGAAUCAGACAUUCAGAAUCUACCUUACUUGCAAGCAAUAUGCAAAGAGACAUACAGAAAACACCCAUCAACACCACUAAACCUACCAAGAGUUUCAUCAGAAGCAUGUGAAGUAAAUGGCUAUUACAUCCCAAAAAACACAAGACUAAGUGUGAACAUUUGGGCCAUAGGAAGAGACCCUAAUGUGUGGGAGAAUCCUUUGGAUUUUAAUCCUGAUAGGUUUUUGAGAGGUGAAAAAGCUAAAAUAGAUCCACGUGGAAAUGAUUUUGAGUUGAUUCCGUUUGGUGCUGGGAGAAGAAUUUGUGCUGGGACAAGGAUGGGGAUUGUGCUUGUGCAGUAUAUUUUGGGUACUUUGGUGCAUUCAUUUGAUUGGAAGUUACCAAAGGGUGUUGUGGAUUUGGACAUGGAUGAGUCGUUUGGACUUGCUUUGCAGAAAAAAGUUCCUCUUUCUGUUGUUGUUAGCCCAAGAUUGUCUCCAUCUGCUUAUGUUGCUUAG